AUGGCCGGAAGGAAGGGAGGCGACAGGAAGAAGGCGGUGACCAGGUCCGUCAAGGCCGGGCUCCAGUUCCCCGUCGGCCGCAUCGGGCGCUACCUCAAGAAGGGCCGCUAUGCCCAGCGCGUCGGCUCCGGCGCCCCCGUCUACCUCGCCGCCGUCCUCGAGUACCUCGCCGCUGAGGUAUGCGCCGAUCUCUCUGUUCUGAUAACUGACCAGGUCCUGGAGCUCGCCGGCAACGCGGCCAAGGACAACAAGAAGACCCGCAUCAUCCCGCGCCACCUGCUGCUCGCCGUCCGCAACGACCAGGAGCUCGGCAGGCUGCUCGCCGGCGUCACCAUCGCCCACGGCGGCGUGAUCCCCAACAUUAACUCCGUGCUGCUCCCCAAGAAGUCCCCCGCCGCCGCCGAGAAGGAGGCCAAGUCGCCCAAGAAGAAGACCUCCACCAAGUCCCCCAAGAAGAAGGUCGCUGCCAAGGAGUAG